AUGACCGUAGCAUUCCUUUCUCAAACUGUCGCUCUAGGAGGAAUUAUUGGCUUGGUAAAAGCUGGUAGUACGGUAUCAUUGGCGGCUGGCUUGACCUUUGGUUCUUUAGCUCAAAAAUUCCAAAAAUGUUGGAGUAGCUUUGAUGGUAAAUUUAUGCCAGCAGGUCUUGUCACUAUUCUUAGUUUACUUUCAGCUGCUCGUUAUGGAUAUAUUUAUUAUGAUACCUCUUAA